CCGAAUCGCUCUUAUAUUGCAUUCGUCGCGAGCUGCAGCACGAGUAGAGAGGCAGUGACGGUUGAGCCGCGCUGUCAGCCGGUUUUAACGAGUUUUUAAAUUUAAAAAAACAGCACGGGUUUUAAAUCUCCUUUGUUUUUUUCCCCCCCAACGUCCAGCGAAGCUGUUGAGCCAUGCCAGCCAGGACCUCCGUGUCGCUACCCGAGGAUGUCAAGCGAAGGCUGCAGGUGCUGGAUGAGGAUGGAGUUUCAGAAGAGGAUCACGUCAAAGAGAAGCUCCGGUUGGUUCAGGACUUCCUGCAUGUUGAUGCUCAGGACCAGCUGAGCAGCCUGGAGAAAGAGAUGAAAAGUUCAGAGAUCUCCAUGGAGGUGUACAUCUCUAAAGUGAAAGCCUUGCUAGGGAAAGAGCUCAGUCUUGAAAAUGGCUCCCACAGCGACGGCGUGGAGCAGAAUGGAAAGACAAACGGCUUCACAAACGGCUCCCACAAAGACGAGGACGGUGAAGAGGUAACCAUGGAUGUGCAGGAGGAAGAGGAGGCCGUCAAGUCACCGACCGCUCCUAAAGGGAAGGGUGGGCGCAGGAGCAAGGCCAAUUCUGACACUAAAAAGUCUCCAGCCAGCACCAGAGUUACAAGAAACAGUGGGAAACAGCCAACCAUCUUGUCAAUGUUCUCCAAAGUUCAAAAGCGUAAGUCUGACGACUUGAAUAUAGAAUCUACAAAUGGACAAAAUGAACCGAAGAAAGAGAAGGAGAACGAGAAGGAGGAGGAAGUGGAAGCUGAGGAGUCUCGGGAGGAGAAACGUCUCAAAGUGGAAUCUGAUGAAACUGCUGCUCCAGAGGAAUCAAAGACUGAUGUUACAAAGACCGUUUCAGCUGCAAAGCCACCACCACCAAAAUGUCCAGACUGCAGACAAUACUUGGAUGAUUCGGAUCUUAAAUUUUUUCAAGGGGAUCCUGACAAUGCGCUGGACGAACCAGAGAUGUUGACGGACGAGCGCCUCUCCUUGUUCGAUUCCAACGAGGAUGGAUUUGAGAGUUAUGAGGAUCUGCCGCAGCACAAGAUCACAAACUUCAGUGUGUACGAUAAGCGUGGCCACCUCUGUCCAUUCGACUCUGGACUGAUUGAAAAGAAUGUGGAGCUCUACUUCAGCUGUGUGGUCAAACCCAUCUAUGAUGACAACCCCUGCUUGGAUGGCGGUGUCCCUGCAAAGAAACUUGGACCCAUCAAUGCCUGGUGGAUCACAGGGUUUGAUGGAGGAGAAAAGGCUUUAAUUGGCUUCACCACAGCUUUUGCUGAUUACAUCCUAAUGGAUCCCAGUGAGGAGUACGGCCCCAUCUUUGCUCUGAUGCAAGAGAAGAUCUACAUGAGCAAGAUCGUGGUGGAGUUCCUCCAGAAGAAUCGUGACGCUACUUAUGAGGACCUUCUUAACAAGAUUGAGACAACAGUGCCUCCCGCUGGACUUAACUUCAACUGCUUCACCGAGGACACACUGCUGCGUCACGCCCAGUUUGUGGUGGAGCAGGUGGAGAGCUACGACGAGGCCGGUGACUCUGACGAGCAGCCCAUCAUCGUCACUCCCUGUAUGAGAGACCUGAUCAAGCUGGCAGGAGUCACUCUAGGGAAGAGCAUGCUGCUGUACUGGAGAGCCGCCAGGCGACAGGCCAUUCGUCACCCGACGAAGAUAGAGAAGGACAAUAAAGGGCCGACCAAAGCCACCACCACCACACUGGUCUACCAGAUCUUUGACACCUUCUUCUCUGACCAGAUUGAGCAGAAUGAUAAAGAGGGUGGACUGAAGAGACAGCGCUGUGGGGUUUGUGAGGUUUGCCAGUCUCCUGAUUGUGGCAAAUGUGCAGCCUGCAAGGACAUGAUCAAAUUUGGAGGAAGUGGCAAAAGUAAACAAGCUUGCAAGCAAAGGAGAUGCCCAAACCUUGCCGUGAAGGAGGCUGAGGAUGACGAGAACAUCGAAGAGGAAGAUGUUCCAGUGGAGAAGAGCAAGAAGGUUUCUCAAGCCAAGAGGAAGAAACAGACCCAGAUCAAACUGACCUGGAUUGGGGAGCCCGUUAAGACUGAAGGAAAGAAGCAGUUCUACACAAAGGUGUCUGUGAAUGAAGAAGUGCUGGAGUUGGGAGACUGUGUCUCUGUUUCAUCCGAGGAUCCGUCCACUCCUCUGUAUCUGGCGAGGAUCACGUCACUGUGGGAGGACUCCAGAGGAAAGAUGUUCCACGCCCACUGGUUCUUUCGUGGGAUUCACACCGUGCUGGGAGAGAGCUCCGAUCCACUGGAGCUCGUCAUGGUGGACGAAUGUGAAGACAUGACGCUCAACUACAUCCAGGGCAAAGUCAACGUCACGUACAGGCGCCCGUCCAACAACUGGUUCAUGGAGGGUGGAAUGGACAAGGAAAUCAAGGUGAUCGAAGACGAUGGGAAGAGUUUUUUCUAUCAGUUCUGGUACGACAGGGACUAUGCUCGCUUUGAGACUCCACCUACAAUCCCUCCAACACAGGACUGCAAGUUCAAAUUCUGCGCCAGCUGCUUUCAAAUUAAAGAGCGAGAGGAACAGGAAACUCCUCGUGCCUUCGAGCCACUGGAGAGGCAGGACAACGACUCAAAGGCGCUGUAUGCUGUGGCCUGCUUUAAGGGCGACCAGUUCAGGGUGGGAGAUGGCGUUUACUUGCCUGCGGAAGCGUUUAAUUUCACUGUGAAGCCAGCCAGUCCAGUGAAGCGCUCCCACAGGAAGGAAGACGUGGAUGAGGAUCUGUAUCCAGAGUAUUACAGGAAGUCCUCGGACUACAUCAAGGGGUCAAACCAGGACGCUCCGGAGCCUUUCCGCAUCGGACGCAUCAAGGAGAUCUUCUGUCACAGACGCAGCAACGGCAAAUCCGACACGUCGGAGGUCAAACUGCGACUCUACAAGUUCUACAGGCCUGAGAACACGCACAAAGGUGUCAAAGCCAGUUACCACGCAGAUAUAAACCAGCUGUACUGGAGCGAUGAAGAAGUGACGGUCAGCAUGUCCGAGGUGCUCGGCCGCUGUCAAGUGGAGUACGGAGAGGACUUGUACGAGUCGGUGCAGGAAUAUUCCAGUGGUGGACCCGACCGCUUCUAUUUCCUGGAGGCUUAUAGUGCAAAAACGAAAAGCUUCGAGGAUCCUCCAAAUCACGCUCGCUCGGCUGUCCAUAAAGGCAAAGGAAAGGGCAAAGGGAAAGGUAAAGGCAAAGGAAAGUCCUCGGCUGCACAGGAAACACAGGAUUCUCAGAACGAACCACAGGCUCCUAAAGUGCCUAAAUAUCGCACACUGGAUGUUUUCUCUGGCUGUGGUGGACUCUCUGAAGGCUUCCACCAGGCUGGAAUCUCCGAGACUCUGUGGGCCAUCGAGAUGUGGGAGCCUGCAGCUCAGGCGUUCAGACUCAACAACCCCGGCACCACCGUGUUCACCGAGGACUGCAACGUCCUGCUGAAGCUGGUCAUGUCCGGAGAGAAGACCAACUCCCUGGGCCAGAAGCUGCCUCUGAGGGGUGACGUGGAGAUGCUGUGUGGAGGACCUCCCUGCCAAGGCUUCAGUGGGAUGAACCGCUUCAACUCUCGCACUUACUCCAAGUUCAAGAACUCACUUGUGGUCUCCUAUCUCAGUUACUGCGAUUAUUAUCGACCCAAGUUCUUCCUACUGGAGAACGUGAGGAACUUUGUGUCCUUCAAACGAUCCAUGGUCCUGAAGCUGACUCUUCGCUGUCUCGUACGCAUGGGCUACCAGUGCACUUUCGGUGUCCUUCAGGCCGGUCAGUACGGCGUCGCUCAGACUCGCCGCAGAGCCAUCAUCCUGGCCGCGGCUCCCGGAGAGAAGCUGCCUCGCUACCCCGAGCCUCUGCACGUGUUUGCGCCCAGAGCUUGCUCACUGAGCGUGGCCGUGGAUGAGAAGAAAUACGUCAGCAAUGUCACACGAGGAAACGGCGGAGUCUACAGAACCAUCACCGUCCGAGACACCAUGUCCGACCUGCCCGAGAUCCGCAACGGCGCCGCCUCUCUGGAGAUUUCCUACAACGGUGAGCCUCAGUCCUGGUUCCAGAGGCAGUUGAGAGGAACGCAGUAUCAGCCGAUUCUGCGUGAUCACGUCUGCAAGGACAUGAGCGCUCUGGUGGAGGCUCGUAUGCGUCACAUCCCUCUGGCUCCAGGCUCGGACUGGAGGGACCUGCCCAACAUGGAGGUCCGGCUGAAAGACGGCACCAUGACCAAGAAGCUGCGCUACCCACACCCAGACAAAAAGAACGGCCGCAGCAGCACCGGGGCUCUGCGUGGCGUCUGCUCAUGUGCAGGAGGGACGCCGUGCGACCCUUCAGACCGGCAGUUUAACACGCUGAUCCCCUGGUGUCUGCCUCACACCGGGAACCGCCACAAUCACUGGGCUGGACUCUACGGCCGACUGGAGUGGGACGGUUUCUUCAGCACGACGGUCACCAAUCCCGAGCCCAUGGGCAAACAGGGCCGCGUCCUGCACGCUGAGCAGCACAGAGUGGUCAGUGUGAGGGAGUGCGCUCGCUCUCAGGGUUUCCCCGACACCUACCGCUUCUUUGGGAAUAUCCUGGACAAACACAGACAGGUUGGAAAUGCGGUGCCGCCUCCUCUCUCCAGAGCCAUUGGUCUGGAGAUAAAGAAGUGCGUCUUGGAGAGAAUAAAGGAAGAAUCAUCAGACGAAAUCAAACAGGAGAAGAUGGAGGUCUCUGAUUAGUCGUUAUCGUCCCAGUUAAGAAUCGGUUCCACAGAUCCUGACGUUGAUGUGUUGGGAUGAGAAUCCUCUUUUUAAAAAAAGGUUUUUUUUUUUUUUUUAACGGUGUCACUGAGUGGCCACCGUGGACAUUCCGUGCCGUUGUUGUUCCACGUCGUUUUAAAUGUGCUUUUAAUCAUGUCGUUUGGAAAAAUGUUCACCUAAUGUGGAAUAAAUUGUAUGUAGUUUUUUAUAUGUAAUAUUUCAAAUAAAGCUCUUAUGAAUUUGACAA